GCCGGCAGGGCCGGGGCGGGGCGGCGGCCAGCGAGGCGGUGCGCGAGGUCCGGCCCCGCCCCCGCCCCGCCCCGGUGACCUUCAGAGCCGGCGGCGGGCGCGGCGGGCGGCUGCGGCGCGAUGUUUGUGCAGGAGGAGAAGAUCUUCGCGGGCCCCGCGCUGCGGCUGCUCAUCUGCGCCGCCGACGGCGCCGAGUGGCGGGAGGAGGCGGCCGAGGACACGUUGGUGGAGCAGCUCAAGGAGCGCUGCCUGCAGCACUGUGCACCUGGGUGCUUAGAAGACCCCAAAAGUGUGGCCCAUCACAAACUAAUCCACGCUGCUUCCGAGAGGGUGCUGAGUGACCCCAAGACACUCCUGGAGGAGAACAUCCAAGACAAUGAUGUCCUGCUGCUCAUCAGGAAGCGCUCUCCUGCCCCGCUCCCGAAGAUGGCUGAUGUGUCCGCAGAGGAGAAGAGAAAGCAAGAGCAGAAAGCCCCCGACCGAGACGCAGUGAUGCGUGCCACCGCCAACCUGCCCUCGCACAACCUGGAGCGGGCGGCCGCCCAGACCGGCAUGAGGGACUUCCAGACCGAGCUCCGCAAGAUCCUGGUGUCGCUCAUCGAAGUGGCGCAGCGGCUGCUGGCGCUGAACCCAGACGCAGUGGAGUUGUUCCGGAAGGCGAAUGCAAUGCUGGACGAGGAUGAGGACGAGCGGGUGGACGAGGCGGCCCUGCGGCAGCUGACCGAAAUGGGCUUUCCAGAGAGCAGGGCGGCGAAGGCCCUGCGGCUGAACCACAUGUCGGUGCCACAGGCCAUGGAGUGGCUCAUCGAGCAUGCAGAGGACCCCAGCAUUGAUGCCCCCCUCCCGGGGCACACUGCGCCAGCCACGGCCGAGGCCGAGGGCCCCUCCACGUCCCAGGCAGCCGCCGGGACCGGUGAGAGUAACGAGGAGGCCAGAGACGAGCUGACGGAAGUCUUCAAGAAGAUCCGGAGGAAAAGGGAGUUCCGGGCCGACGGCCGGGCUGUCAUCUCCCUCAUGGAGAUGGGAUUCGACGAGAAGGAGGUGAUAGACGCCCUGCGUGUGAACAACAACCAGCAGAGCGCUGCCUGCGAGUGGCUGCUGGGCGACCGGAAGCCGUCCCCUGAGGAGCUGGACAAGGGCAUUGACCCCGACAGCCCCCUCUUCCAGGCCAUCCUGGACAACCCCGUGGUACAGCUGGGUCUGACCAACCCCAAAACGCUCCUAGCAUUCGAGGACAUGCUGGAGAACCCGCUGAGCAGCACCCAGUGGAUGAACGACCCAGAGACGGGCCCUGUCAUGCUGCAGAUCUCCCGCAUCUUCCAGACUCUCAACCGCACCUAGGAGGGGGGAGCUGCUGGGCCGCACCUGC